UACUCGAACGGCAACGCGUACGUCGGCGAGUGGAAAGACGGCAAAAAACACGGCCGCGGGGUCUACGCCUGGCGCUCCGGCGCGAGGUACGACGGCGAGUGGUUCCGGGGCGCGAUGCACGGCGUCGGCGCGCUCGUCUCCGCGGACGGCGUCACCGCCUACCGAGGGUCGUUCUUCGCCGGCGAGAAGCGCGGGUUAGGGAGGCAAACGUUCGCGAACGGAGACGCGCACGAGGGCCUGUGGAAAGAUGGCGUCCCGCACGGCCCGGGGACGUACGCGUGGGCGUCCGGGGACGAGUACAACGGCGAGUUCAGGGACGGCGCGAUGUCGGGGUGGGGGACGCUCGUGUUUUUUCGCGACGGCGGCGGCGACGGCGGCGGGGACCGACGCGGGGACCGGCACGACGGCGAGUGGGAAGACGGACUCGAGCACGGGAACGGCGUGUACACGUGGCACGAUACCGGCGCCACGUUCAGCGGGACGUGGCGCCGAGGGAAGAAGCACGGCGUCGGGAUAUGGGCGCCGUCGCUCGACAAGAGGAAGAAGAAGCAGAGGAAACGCGCGGGCGAGCGGGCGACGCGGCUGCGACGUGCCGGGAGCAUCGAGGGCGGGAAGACCCCGGGGAGCGCGGCGGCGCGAAGGUUGUUCGAGCCCUCCGAGGAGGAGGUGACCGGGGAGGUCGACACCGACGAGGACACCGAGGAGGAGGAGGAGGAGGAGGAGGAGGAGAACGGCGGCGGCGGCGGCGGCGGCGGCGGCGGCGGCGCGGUGUUCGCCGCCGCGGCCGCGGUGACCGCGCCGAGGGCGAAGAUGGGGUGGCUUCAAGCGCGAAGGACGCCGCUCGCGGGGGAGACGAUAUACAAAGGGCACAAGAGCUACGAGCUCAUGGUGCAGUUGCAGGUGGGAGUGCGGUGGAGCAUCGGCCGCGGCGAGGCCCCGAGUCGCGCGGCAGCGGCGACGGCGGCGGCGACGACGGCGGAACUCAUCACGCCCGCCGUGGACGCGACGCGCAAAAUCAAGCAGAGCUUCCCGCGGGGCGGGUCCGCGUCGACGCCGCCGCACCCAGCCGGGGACUUCAAGUGGAAAGACUACGCCCCCGGGACGUUCAAAUCGCUUCGAAAGCGUUGGGGGAUCGACGUCGGCGACUUCAUGCUUUCUCUCUGCGGCGACGCCGCGCUCAGAGAGCUCCCGUCCCCGGGGAAGUCCGGCAGCGUGUUCUACCUCUCGCACGACGACAAGUUCAUCGUGAAGACGAUGCGGAAGCACGAGGCGAAGACGUUGAUCGAAGCGCUGCCGCGGUAUCACGCGCACGUAUCGAAAUCGGAGUCGACGCUGUUGACGAAAUUCUUCGGCCUGUACCGCGUGAAGACGCCGAAAGGAAGGAAGGUCCGGUUCAUCGUCAUGGCGAACUUGUUCCGCACGGAGCUGCCGAUCCAUCGCGUGUACGACCUCAAAGGAAGCACGCACGGGCGGUACACCAAGGGCGGGGAGUCGAGCGCGGGGCCGGGGGUCACGUUGAAGGACCUGGACCUCGCCUACGCGUUUCGUCUAGACGUCGGCGCGAGGGAUAAGCUGUCGCGGACGCUGCGGGAGGACUGCCGUCUGCUCGAGGAGAUGAAGGUGAUGGACUACUCCUUGCUCGUGGGCGUGCACUUUCGAGACGUGAAGAGCGACGACGCGUCGUCAGGGAGCGGCGGCGGCGCGACGAGGCGCGACGACGACGAAGAGGCGACGAGUCCUCUCACCCCUCCGUCGGACGACGGCGACGGCGACGGCGACGUGUGCGUCGCGCUUCGCCGCCUCUCCUCCGCCCUCAGCAGCAGCAGCGAGCGACGCCGCUCGUUCGGGCACCUGGACGACGUCCUCUCGACCGCGCCGACGAGGACGGACGCCGCGAGGGACGUCGUGUUGCACCUCGGGAUCAUCGACAUCCUUCAGGAGUACAACGGCGCGAAGCGGAUGGAGAGCGCGCUCCGGGGGUCGCUGCACGGGCGAGGGGCGAUAUCCGCGGUCGAUCCGGUGCGGUACUCGAGAAGAUUUCAGCGAUUCCUCGGGAAGGUGUUCGAGUGA